CUGAGUGCUGAGGUGAGGCUGGCGCCUCGGGGCUGUGGAUGUGCCAUGGAGAUGGAGGCCUGUCCGCCUCCCGCCGCGGCCAUCCGGCCCCUGGACCGCCCGUCCGUGCACCGCAUCUGCUCGGGGCAGGUCGUGCUGAGCGUCGGCACCGCCGUGAAGGAGCUGCUGGAGAACAGCCUGGACGCCGGCGCCACGCACGUCGAUAUAAAACUUAAAGAUUAUGGAGCAGAACUUAUAGAAGUUUCAGAUAAUGGUUGUGGUGUAGAAGAAGAAAACUUCGAGGGGUUGACUUUGAAACAUUAUACUUCUAAGAUACAAGAUUUCUCUGAUCUAAUAUGUGUCGAAACAUUUGGAUUUCGAGGUGAAGCUCUGAGUUCACUGUGUGCAUUAAGUGAUGUUACCAUUUUUACUUGUCACAAGUCUGCAAAAGUUGGAACUCGUCUGGUAUUUGAUCACAAUGGGAAAAUUACUCAGAAAACUCCUUACCCACGACAGCAAGGAACAACUGUUAGCAUACAGCAAUUAUUUUAUACUCUGCCAGUACGGCAUAAAGAACUUCAAAGAAACAUUAAGAAGGAGUAUGCAAAAAUGGUCCAGAUACUGCAAGCAUAUUGUAUCAUUUCAACGGGAGUUCGAAUUACCUGUACCAAUCAAGUUGGUCAAGGGAAAAAACACACUGUGGUAUGCACCCCUGGGAGUUCAAGUCUGAAGGAAAACAUAGGAGCAGUAUUUGGGCAAAAACAGUUGCAGAGCCUUAUUUCCUUUGCUCAGCUACUUCCUAGUGAAGCUGUUUGUGAAGAAUAUGGCCUCAGCUCUGUUGACAUGCCGCAUAGUCUGUAUACCAUUACAGGCUUCAUUUCCCAUUGUGAUCAUGGCGUUGGAAGGAGUACAACAGAGAGACAGUUCUUUUUCAUCAAUCAGAGACCAUGUGAUCCAACAAAGGUUUCCAAGCUUGUCAAUGAAGUUUACCACAUGUACAAUAAACACCAAUAUCCAUUUAUUGUUCUAAAUAUUUGUGUAGAUUCUGAAUGUGUUGACAUCAAUGUAACACCUGAUAAGAGGCAAAUUUUACUUCAGGAGGAGAAAGUUUUGUUAGCAAUUUUAAAGACUUCUCUGAUGGAUAUGUUUGGUAGUGAUGUUAAUAAACUUAACAUCAAUCAAAAGCUGCUGGAUAUUGCAGGUAACUUGAAAAAAAUACUUCCAGAAGAAACCGAAAAGCCUAAGGCAGAAACAUUGCUUGGUUCUGCAUCUCAAAAUCCAAGCAGGGAAUUAAAAAGAGGGAUGACUAUUACCAGAUUAAGGGAGUCGUUCUCACUCCAUCAAAUGACAGAGAGCAGCUUUGGGAGCCCUAAAAAUGUGAAACAACAACACAGCCCCCCUAGGCAGAGACAUUUGUCAGAUCUUUCCACUUCAAGUCCUGUAAACAGUCAAAAAUCUGACCCGAACAAGGAGACUGAGUGCUGGAGUGCAGUGGACUUAAACACACAUACAAUUAUUGGCACAAAUUUGAAGAAAUUAGAAAAUGACACUGAUUCUGGACAUGGUAGUACUUCUGCAGAAUCAAAUGUUAGGUUUAGCACUCCGGAAGUAGGUAGCUGCCUCAGCAGUGAAAGUACAGAUGCUUCUCCUGAUGAAGAAUUCCAUAUAUCAGAUGAAAAUCUCCAAAGUGGGCGUCUUGAAACCGUAACCUGUGCUGAGGAAUCAUUGGAAUGUGAUGUCCAGCUUUCAGGAAAUGUAUGUAAAUUGAACCAAGUGAGUGAUCAGAAAGAACGGAGAGGGUUCCUUCCAAAUUCUUUCCCAAAUAUGAAGCGUUUUAAAAGUAAAAAAGAGGACUUAAAGGGAACUACCUGUCCAGAACUAAAGAAUGCUCAGAACCCUGCGCCAGGACUACAUGCUGAUGUACUGAUAAAAGUUCAAAAGAAAACUGUGACACUUGAGUUCUCAAUGAACACUUUAGCAGAAAGAGUAAGAAAACUUACUCAGCUCCAACAGAAAAAUACAGAAAUGCUGAAUUACAGAAGAUUUAAGGCAAAAAUUAGUCCUGGAGAAAAUAAGGCAGCAGAGGAUGAAUUAAGAAAAGAGAUACGUAAAGAGAUGUUUGCAAACAUGGAAAUUAUUGGUCAGUUCAAUUUAGGGUUUAUAAUUGCCAAGCUAAAGUCUGACCUCUUCAUAAUUGACCAACAUGCUACAGAUGAGAAAUACAAUUUUGAGAUGUUACAACAGCACACCGUUCUUCAAGGUCAGAAGUUGAUAGCGCCUCAAAGUCUUAAUUUAACUGCUGUAAAUGAAACUAUAUUGAUAGAAAACUUGGAGAUAUUCAGAAAAAAUGGAUUUGAUUUUGUUAUUGAUGAAAAUGCUCCUGUAACUCAAAGGGUUAAGCUGAUUUCUUUGCCAACAAGCAAAAACUGGACUUUUGGUCCUCAGGACAUAGAAGAGCUGAUCUUUAUGCUAAGUGAUUGCCCUGGAGUCAUGUGUAGGCCAUCCAGAGUCAGACAGAUGUUUGCUUCUCGAGCUUGUAGAAAAUCUGUGAUGAUUGGGACUGCACUUAAUGUAAAUGAGAUGAAGAAACUGAUCACCCACAUGGGUGAGAUUGAGCAUCCUUGGAACUGUCCUCAUGGAAGGCCUACCAUGAGGCACAUAGCCAGUUUAGACUUGAUUUCUCCAAAAUAAAACCAUGGCAUUUGUUUUAUUGGCAAUUUUCACUUUUAUUCAUUGGUGAUAAUAUUGAUCCAUGUCUUUUUGACUUGUAGAUUUUAUCAUGACUUUUUUUUAUUUUAGCUACCGUUUUGCAUAUUUAAAUACUACUUUUAUAAUGCAAACAUAUCCUGUAAGCUUUCUGUAUUACCUUUAUCAAGUAUAAAGUCACAUGAGAUUUACUUGUAAAUAGUAUUCCUUCUGUCAAGGCUGGCUUCGUAGGGUUUUUUUUUUUUCCUGCCCCAGCUAUAAUUGUAUUUUAAAAAUAAAUUUUUAUAAC